AUGGCUAUAGUAGACGUGGCGCGGCGGGAACUGACUUACCGCGGCCCGACUCCUACUACUGCUACUAGCACAGCCGUCGUCGGUUCUGAUCGCAAUCUCCUCCUAGAGAUGUCUCAACAUCCUGCCGCCGCCGCCGCCGCCGCCGCCGCUGGCAGUGCGCACCGCGCUCACGCGCCCGCCGCCGUUGCCACAGCAACGGUCACAAACCGCCGUGCCGCGGUAGGAUCUGCCUUGGGGUCUGCCGCGUCGCCGGCUUCCCUGCUGCUGCUACCGCCGCGCCCUAAUAAGCGCGAGCGGCUCUCGCACGCUCCCGCCACUGCCGCGACUCGCCCUAUCUCUACAGCCACUGCCAGCGUCACUACCGAAGUUCUUUCCACCGCAACUAGCGCGAACAGCCCCCGUUAUCCGGGAAAAUCGGGUAACCUCGCGAACCAGGGUAACUUUGCGAACCCAAACCUUGGGAAUCCUGGUGACGUCAGCAGGAGCUCCGCCCCCGCUGCGGAGCGCGCCUCCCGCGGCGUUUCACCUAUGAAGGCGCGGGGAAGGCGGCUGCGCGCGUCGCUGGGGGACAGCGCGCACCUCCGCUCGCUCGCUCGCCGCUCCGCUGCCGCUGCCCUGGCCGCCGCCGCGGACACCCCGCCCCCCGCGACCAGGGGAGAGGAAGGGGAAGACGACGGGGAAGGCGCGGAAGGCGGGGAAGGCGGGGCAGGGGGGGAAGGUGGGAACGUUGAGCGGAAGGAUGGGCGGGAGGAGAAGCAGAAUCAUCCUGAUUCUGAUCCUGAGGGGUGCAGUGCGGUGGCCCAGGGCACAGUAGCUGCCUCCCCCGAAUCCCUCCUCCUCUUGGACCCUGCCACGUCACAAGUCCUUGCAGCCAGCUCAGCUGCCGCCGCAACGCUGGGCAUGACACGUGGCGAGCUGGAGGGAGUGCGGUUCGUAGCUCUGCUGCACGGUGUGAAGGAAGAUGCGUGGGUGCAUGCGUUGGGGGCUGCAAUGCUGACUAAAGGCCUUGUAGACUCGGACAGAAACGGCAGUGGCGACGGUAAUGCAAUCCAAUUCUGCGGCAGCGGGACCGGUAGUGCUGGUGCUGCUGGCAGCAGUCGCGAUGGUACCGGUGGCUCUGCUGGCUUUAUUACUCUCAGGUUUCGCCUGGCUGAAAGCAGCUUCCAAGGAGCUCUGGCGGGGCAGAGAGUGCGCCUGGAUAUCCGCCUGCCUCCCAGGCCCGCACUGCCAUCCUGCACACUAGCUGCUGCUGCGCCUGCUUCUGCUGCUGCCGCUUCUAGUCCUCGCGGUCCCUCUUCCUCCCCUGGCACUUGGGCCAGUGCAGAACCUGCUCUUCCUGCUCCACAUGCUGCCCAACGGACCGCUCCCUCUGCGCCGCCUUGCUCUGCUCUCCAGUCCCCGUAUGCGGCGCUGCUUUCAGCCCCUCUCCUUGCGUCAUUGCAUCCUGCUGCUGCCGGUGGAGCAUCAUCCCCUCUGCUGCGCUCUCAGAGCCUGGCUGCACUGUCGAUCAUUCGCGCAGCAACGUUUCCAUUCCCGCCAACCGCCAUGGCCACGAUACGGCGGUGUCAUCUAUUCUACCUAUUCACAGCCGCAGCGCUCGUUGCGACAGCAAUUGCAGCGAAUCCGUCUGCGACGUUCCCAAGCCCCGUCGCAGAGCAGCUUAAUUCCGCCGGCUUCUCGGGAUUUGUGAAACUCCUUGAAUCCGCCGAUUUACUCCCCACGAUCCACAACAAAUUAAAGACGGGCGACAUGACUCUCUUCGUCCCGACAAACGAGGCUCUCAUGUAUCAGAUCUCCCCAGCGAUGCUCGCGUUUCUGAAAGCCCCGCGUAAUAAAGCCCUGCUCCGGCAGGUACUGAUGUUCCACAUCGUCUCAGAGCACAUUUCGGCGUUUCAGUGGGACGGCAAGCACACAUCCAUGGAGGGCUCUCCCGUGGAACUGCGCAUGGACGCGCUCGCGUUUUACGCGGCGAAUAACCCGGUGAAGCAGUACAACGCGAUUACGCUCGAAGAGGGCGCAGUGGUGCACUCGAUCAAGGGGCUGCUCAUUCCGCCAACCGCGGAGAGCCUGCUCGCGGACAUUCAGAGCGACGCCGAUCAGGAAGGGCGACGAAUUCUUACCAGCGGUGCCGGUGGUGUCGCCGCUCCGCCGUCCUCUCCCCCGCCGCCGCCUCCCAUCACAACCUCGCCCAUAGUCGUCGAGGCCCCGCCGCUUCCUUCUCCGCCUCCCCCUCCUUCUUACCCUGGCGGUCCACCAAUGAAGCCUUCAACGAGAUUCACCGCCAGCGUGCAAUGGAUCUCAACGAUCGGGGGUGCCAUGCUGCUGGCGCUGCUCUUGUAG